AACAUUUCUACCCAUGCUUUUAUAUUUUAUAAAAUUUUUAAUUCAUUAUGUAUAUUUUUUUCUCGCUACCAGUUGAACUUCGUCUCCUUUCUUCCCCCGCACCUUUAUUUUUUUUUCAUCAAUCACAAAAGAAAAUAACACAUCUCGUUCGACGUUCCAGCCAUCCAGGCUCUCUGCUGUCAUCCUUUCGCUGCCCACCGGCCACCGGGCACCGGCAUCGCGAACAGUCGGGAGCCCAUCCAGGCAUCCACAGCUUCGGCCAGGUGCGCCGCGCGUCCGUGGCGGCGAUGGGCGCGGGGGGUAGCCGGGCGCGGCAGAACGCGAUGCGCUCGGGGGUGGUGGUGCUUGGCGCCGUGGCCUUCGGCUACCUCUCCUUCCGCGUGGGAUUCAAGCCCUACCUCGACCAGGCCCAGGAGGCCAUGGACUCCGCCCCCGACCCCACCCCGACCACCACCGCGGCGAGGGACGCGACCGAUGACCCCGCCGCCGGCAGCACCGACGGAGACCUCGCGCCGUCCAAGGACCCGGCCGUCGUGCUCCGCGACUGAGGCGGCGGGCCGCGAGCGCGCGAAGGUUUGGUUUGGUUGCGCCAUUUUGGCAAACACCUUGUACGCGGGCCUUGGCUUGCUUCGACUGUUUUGGUAGUACUAAUAAUGUACUCUGGACACAGUUUCAUUCUGUUUUUUGAAAGGAACACAGUUUCAUUCUGUCACCCUGUGUGAGAUCCUCUUUCCUGCUGUUUUGAACUGAUUUCUGUUUGAUGCCCACAUAAAAGCUUGCUGUUCGAUC